AAGUUUUCCCAAUUUCCCAUCUCUCUCUCGUCUUCCAAUGGAGUUCACAGCGGAGCAGCUUCAGGCCUUCAAUGGCAGUGACCCCGUCGAGAAGCCCAUCUACGUCGCCAUUCGAGGCAAGGUCUACGACGUCACCUCCGGCCGCAACUUCUACGGCCCUGGCGGCCCCUACGCCGUCUUCGCCGGCCGCGAGGCCAGCCGUGCCCUAGCUAAGAUGAGCAAGAACGAAGAAGACGUCUCCGGCGAUCUUGAUGGCAUCACCGAGAAGGAGAUCGGCGUUCUUGAAGACUGGGAACGCAAAUUCCAGGCCAAGUACCCCAUCAUCGGACGCCUCUCCUCAUAAAGGUUCCAUCUUUUCUCACCUUUUUUAUAUGCUGGAAUAAAUGAGAAAAAGGUGUGAAUUUUAGAACCUUGUUUUAUGAUGCUUUUAAGUAAUUGUGCUUGUGUAUUGGCUUUUA